AGGUGCCCCCAUCAGAGUGCCCCCUUUCAUCAGGUGUCCCCAUCAGAGUGCCCCCUUUCAUCAGCUGUCCCCAUCAGAGUGCCCCUUUACAUCAGGUGUCCCCAUCAGAGUGCCCCCUUUCAUCAGGUGUCCCCAUCAGAGUGCCCCCUUUCAUCAGCUGUCCCCAUCAGAGUGCCCCUUUACAUCAGGUGUCCCCAUCAGCGUGCCCUUUUACAUCAGGUGUCCCCAUCAGCAUCAGGUGUCCCCAUCAGAGUGCCCCCUUUUAUCCGGUAUCCCCAUCAGAGUGCCCCCUUUUAUCCGAGUGCCCCCUUUCAUCAGGUGUCCCCAUCAGAGUGUUCCCUUUCAUCAGUUGUCCCCAUCAGAGUGCCUUCUUUUAUCAGGUAUCCCCAUCAGAGUGCACCCUUUCAUCAUAUGUGCCCAUCAGAGUACCCCUUUACAUCA